UUGUGAACCACAUAGCAGAGCACACCUGAGUUAGUACGGCUCUAGCGAUCAACAGAAAUGACGGUAGCCUAAACCGCAACUGGCAUCUAUUUUAACUUGGUGCUAAGUGCAGGCGGUAGUUCGUUGCACGGGCAGAAAUGUGCAUUUGGGACCUGUAGCAUCAACUCCAACGGAUCGCCUUUCUGAAACUUAUGUCUUCAUUUUUCGCAUAAUUCUUUGCGUCUUUUUCCAAGGACUUGCAAGUGCAUGCAUGGGCUUUAUCGUUUGGUUUAGGGGCUACCAAAAAGGCUAUACCCUAACAGUUAGAUCAUCGGAACAGCCAGUCUACAUGGUCUGGUAAUUUGUUUAUGAAAGGUAUCCUGGCACACAGUCUGACAUUAUUGACUGGGCAGACAUUUCGCGUGAUGGGACUCUCCAAACUCUGAAGGAGUGCAUCUGAAUUGGGAAGAGAGGGUAGAGGACAAAGAACAGUGGGAAACCAGAGGAAGAGAGGAGGAGGAGAAAAAUGGAGGCCAUAUCUUUAGAUCAGUCUGCGACGGUGGAUGAGCUGGUGGAAGCAUGCAUCCAAGCCUUUGAUGAGACGGGCACUUUGAAGGACCCCUCCCUAGUGCGUAUGUUUCUUAUGAUGCACCCUUGGUACCUUCCCUCCACCGACAUGGCAAAGAAACUACUGCUCAAAUCACAGGAGGACAGCUGCACUGCUGAGCUCAGGACAAGAAUCUGCCACUUGGUGAAGUACUGGAUCAGUGAGUUCCCAGCGGAGUUCAAUCUAAACCCAGAGCUGGCAGAGCAGAUCAAAGACCUCAAGGACCUCUUGACCACUGAGGGGAACGAGCGCCAGAGUCAGCUCAUCGACAUCGACAGCGUGCCGUCAUACAAGUGGAAGCGUCAGGUGACCCAGAGGCAGCCAUCCAUGUCUAAGAAGAGGAAGAUGUCUCUGCUGUUUGACCACCUGGACUCCAGCGAGCUUGCCACACACCUCACCUACCUGGAGUACAAGUCCUUCUGCAAGAUACUGUUCCAGGACUACCACAGCUUUGUGAUGCAUGGCUGCACGGUAGACAACCCCAUCCUGGAGCGCUUCAUCACCCUCUUCAACAGUGUGUCUCAGUGGAUCCAGCUGAUGGUGCUCAGCAAGCCCACCGCCCCCCAGAGGGCUGCAGUCAUCUCCCACUUCAUCAGGGUGGCUCAGAAACUGCUCCAGCUCCAGAACUUCAACACUCUGAUGGCCGUGGUGGGGGGGCUCAGUAACAGCUCUAUAUCUCGACUCAAAGACACCCAGUCACACAUCAGCAACGAGACCAACAAGGUGUUCAACAGCCUGAUCGAACUGGUGACGUCGUGCGGCAACUACAGCCAGUACCGACGUCGCUUCUCCGACUGCACAGGCUUCCGUUUCCCUAUCCUGGGCGUGCACCUCAAAGACCUGAUCGCCGUGCACGUGGCGCUGUCCGACUGGGCCGACCCGGGCAAGAGCAGGGUCAACCUGGCCAAGAGCCAACAGCUGUAUGUUAUCCUCCAGGAGUUGGCUCUCAUCCAGACCACACCACCCAGCAUCGAUGCCAACACAGACCUACUUAACCUACUUACGGUUAGUGUCACAUAG